AUGACUGUAUUAGAAACACGUGAAGCGCAUCUCUUCAGGAUUGCAGAACACCCGCCAACUUGCCCAUCAUGCGGCGAGACAUUUUCGUACAGGUACCAGCUGGAAUUCCACUUCAAGUGGAAACACCGUGAUAGCGGCAGCAUUUUCAUUUGCAGUGAUUGCAACGAAUCUUCAACGGAGGAGCACAAAUUCAAGCUGCAUAUUUCCAAGCACGGCAAAAUUAUGCGACAUACUUGCGAAAAGUGUGGAUUCCGGUUUGUCACCGAAUUGGAACUGAAAAUGCACCAACUGAUACAUAGAAAAGUGACAAGAAAGCAAGGUGCUGUAGAUAUCUGCUCGCAUUUACCAGCUGCUAUUCCUGAUCUUGCAGAAUCUGAAGUAUCUCUCCAAGAAACAAUUGCAGCGCCUUGCCGUGGUUGUUUCAGCAGACAAUCUUUUAGUGUAAGGCAUAGCAGGAAGAAUAGGUUUUCUGAAUGCUCCUACGUAACGUGUAUCAAGCAGAAAGUGUGCGCACAUGGAAAUCGUUGGACUCAUUCGUUAUGA